AUGAUCAUCGGUGCACCGGCAAAGGGAUGGGCAACGGAGAGUGUUCCUGAGCUACUCGCAUCCCCACAGACAGACCUUGCUGCGGUGUUGUUGUCAGACGCCGUUACGGACUACCUGCACAGCAUUCAGUCUGUCGGGACCGCCCGUGCGAAUCGACGCGGGUGCGACGGCUCCGACAGGAACGAGGACGGCAGCUCUGACAGCAUCCCAAGCGCUGUGCGUGUUGUUCUUCAAUACAUUGUACGGCAUGCUGAUACGCUGUUUUCGCUGCUUCACGGAAAGGCACAGAUAGAGAAUGGCCCUGUGGGCUCGAAACACCACCCGGAAGGCUCCUUCCUGACGGUCUGCAGCCCGCCAGGAGAGGCCGAGGCAUCGACGGGAGUCGUAGAGAUACAACACCCAUCCCAGGGGAAUCACGCCAACGGUGCACCGACAGCAGCCGUCUCCGUCAUCGGCGAUGCUGACGAGGAUCAGGAGCGGCGGUGCCUCGCGAACUUGACGGAGCUGCUCUCCUUCUGUAUUACCCACUCCCAGGAGCAAUCGGAAGUCGACGCGGUCGUGGCGGCCUGCAUCGAAGCGCUGAGUGGGGAGAAGAUGCUGCUGUCGCAGCGCACGUUUGCCGUGCAGCGUCUCCUGCUAGAAGCCUUCGAUAGUGACUUCGAGGCGACCACACAGGCCAUCGCCGACACCCUCACGCAUUCGACCAUCAAGGGUGUGGUGGAGAACCUUGCGAGCAACUCCAUUGUCGCCGAAACCCUCAUUGCGCUCUUUGGAUCAGCGCUGUCCGCGGUGUGGAUGGUGAAGCCAACAACCAAGACGGCGCUCUUCACGUCGCAAUGGAUUCGACUUGACUUCCCGACGACGCUCUGCGCCUACCUCCCUGUUGCCAUCCAAGACCCCGGGAUGUACCACUACUUUUACUUCUUCAAGGAACUACUCAAGCGCGGAUACAGCCACAGCGCUGGGCCGAUCGUGGAUGUGCUCCUCAGCGAGCCGCUUGUCUCGGACUACGUUGAGCGCAUCUUAAGCUGCUGCGAGCAGGACGUGGAGAGGUCGGCGCUCUUGACGCCAGAGGGGGCCGCAGCGCCGCCUGUGUCGCUGGCGGCGGAUGGGGUGGAGGUGCUCGUCUCGAUUAUUGGCCUCGUGCGCAAGUCACUGGUGCUGCCCGAGACGAGGUACAUGUACGAAACGGCCACAAGGUACAUUACGCCGGUGGCGGUGCUUCAGGCACAGGCGCCACGCGUGACGGCGCUCCUUGCUCCCACUGCACAGGAAAAGGCUGAGCUGGACGCCUACGCGCCAUCUGCGGAUGUGUUGUCACGCGUCCUCUCUGCGGUCGCUCCGGCCGGGACGUAUGGUCUGGGCCCGCUCCGGCUUGCGGUCUGUGAGUUGUUCGUGGAGCUCGCCCUCUUCCAGCUGGCCAGCACCGACAACACCCUCAUCACAAGCGGCUUUUUCCCUGCACUCAUCGGCUGCUGCGAGCGCUUUCCGCAGCACGACGCGCUGGCCAGAACUCUGCACCGCUGCAUCCUGACCAUCUUUCAGCGGGCAACGCUCGUUGGCGAAAGUCUAAGCGCUGCGGCCGAGCGAGAUUGCCUGUGGAGGUACCUGGUGAAGGCAGACACUGUUGUCCUGCGGUGUGGCGCGGUCGAAUCUGUCCUUGGCGCGCUGACGCGCCUCGCACAGAUCCCGAAUACGUCCCUGUCGAGCCUCUGCAUCGAUGCACUGACAAACCUGUCCUCGCUGCCACUUUUUCAGUCCGCCGCUGGCGGCCCAUUUGAGAAACACCUGGAGGUCUUCAAGGCGUGCGACGCUAUCCAAGAACGCGUGCGCCACAUGGACACCCCGAUCACGGGUGAGCACUUUAGGGAGCGCGGCUCAACCGGGCUACCGCAUACGGUACACCGGGAUACCAUCAACCUCGCAGGCGAUCGCUUCCACGGCCCGAAGGCGGGCGGCAUCUCUCGCGGCUCACGCCUUUCCGGGUUUUCAAGCAAGUUCACAAAAGGUUCGUAUGUAGUUGUGCGGCGCAGCGCCGAUGACGACCGACCACCGCGCCCAGCGCAGGACGCAGUAGUAGACAUCGAGGCCCUGAAAGAGGAGGUGCACACCCUGCAACAGGGCGGCUCCCCGGCCCUGCAGUCGUACCCCAGCUUUAGCAACGUGAACUUCAAUUUCAUUUCCUUCUCGGCGGAAGGUGACACAGACAGGGAUCAGAACGACGCUGCGACGUCAUCAUCAGAAGCGCCUCGAGAUUGA